UAUAAAAAUAGCAGCAUCAAUUACUGAAAAUUGGAUUUUUGGUGUUUAAAGAAUAAAGUUGUAAAAUUAGCUUUAUCAUCAGCAAAAAAAAGUGAACAAAUUAAUCUGCUGCCUAAGAAAAUAACUGUAAAGGCAGGUUUCUUUCGUUCUUCCAUGCAGUGCAAAAAAACACGAAGAAGAAGUAGACACAUUCCAGCUUACAGUAGGAGCUGUGAAACGGCUCAAUUUGUGCCACACAUCGUGAGAAAAGGCAGCCAUUUUUGUUUCAAACUAUCAUCCAAUUAGUCACCUUGCGGGAUGUAUCAUAUCGAUCAUUUACAAUAAGUGGAAAGUUGGCAAUCGAUGAUAACUUUCAAUGCAAUUAUUGAAAGUAGUUUGAAGAAUGGAAAACGAAUCAGUAAAAUCGGAACCUAGCAGCAAAUCAACCAGGCGCGCACGAGGACAUAAUAGUAGCAGCACAUUGGGAUCUCAUCGGGACCGAACGAGACACUCACAUAGGAACAACCAUUCGCGAAACAAACGCCCAGAUAUGGCUCCGUUCCAGACAAGCGUCAAUCUCGGCGAUGACGGUCGAGAUGGGCAGGAGGUUAUCGAAGUUCAAAUUCUACCACAGGAUGAAACGUGGGGUGAAAACACAACGGCUAUUACGGGAAAUACAUCGGAACAGAGCAUAUCGAUGGAAGAUGUCAGCUACUGGCAGAUGACGGAUGAUACUGGCAUAGGAUUCGCCUGUCAGCGGUAUCUGGAACGAUCGUUGUCAGUGAUACUUUGUACAGCAGCGUUUCUGAGUCCGCUCAUUAUGGCAGUUUUACCAAAGGUAGGAUUUUUCCCAUCCGCAUUCGACAAUAUGGAUUUGACACCAAACGAUCGAUUACAACUGCUAGUGUGCAAUGCCGAAUGCAAAGGAAUGCUGGUAUCUCUGGCAGCAAGAAUGUUACUGCUAGCAAUAGGUCUAUGGGCAGUUUUCUUCCGAAAACCUGUGGCCAUUAUGCCAAGAAUAUUUUUCUUUCGCGCUUCCGUUCUUUUGCUGGUGCUCAUAUCUACUUUUGCCUAUUGGCUGUUCUAUAUUGUCCAAGUAACGGAAGGAAUCAAGGCGCUGGUUUCCGGUUCGGAGGCGGUGAACUACAAAACUCUGGUAUCAUACGCUACCAACUUUACGGAUACACUCCUUUUCGUACACUAUGUUGCGGUCAUACUUCUUGAAAUUCGACAUCUACAACCCAUCUAUCACAUAAAGGUUAUAAGAAGUCCCGAUGGCGAGUCGCACAACUAUAGUAUAGGACAGCUGAGCAUUCAACGAGCAGCAGUUUGGGUACUUCAGCGCUAUUAUACGGAAUUUACAAUAUAUAAUCCGUAUCUGGAGCGCCUACCAGUCUCGAAAGCACAACGUAAAGCAUCUUCGUCAUUCAAGUAUUAUGAGGUGGAUGGUUCCACGCCAGCUCAGCAACAGAACCAAUCCAGAGCCGUGUUGGCUGCGCAUGCCCGUCGCCGUGAUUCCUCUCACAACGAACGAUUUUAUGAAGAACAUGAAUAUGAAAGACGCGUGAAGAAACGUCGCGCCAGACUUGUUACGGCGGCCGAAGAAGCAUUCACACAUAUCAAGCGGAUGCAGAAUGAUCAAGCUCAAACACAAGCACCGGUUAUACCACUUGAUCCACACGAAGCGGCUCAAGCUAUUUUCCCAUCGAUGGCGAGAGCUCUGCAGAAAUAUUUACGAAUAACUCGACAGCAACCGCGGCACACGAUCGAAUCUAUUUUAAAACAUCUUGCACAUUGCCUUAAGAAUGACAUGUCGCCCAGAUCUUUCCUAGAGCCAUAUCUCGUUGAAGCUCCUGUACUGCAGAACGAGAAGGAGCGUCGAACUAAUCACAAUUGGGCCUUGAUCUGUGAUGAACUUUUAUCGCGACCGAUUUCGGACGGAUGCACGUUCCAGCUGAUCCAGAACGAUGUCUCGCUUACGGUUUCCAUCAACAAGAUUCCUCAUUUUACCGUCAGCGAAGAAGUGGUGGAUCCGAAGUCGAAUAAAUUCGUCCUGAAGUUGAACUCCGAAACCAGCGUGUGACCUUCUGGUGCGGCGAUCAAGGCGAUACCUCACGGCGAACUCACCGAACGCAACGAAAUUCUCAAACAGCUGAAUCUCAUGCUGGCAGGUAAGAAGCGGAACCGUAAAAUUCAGGAUCGAUUAGUUUAGCUAGGGACCGAAACACAGAAAGUUUUAUUUUCCGGUCUAGGAUAAACUGCCGCGUUCCUUUGGCGUGACGACAACACGCUGAGGCAACAGUGAUAUUUUUCUUGUAGUAUA